AUGCUGAUCGCUUCUGCCCUCGCCGUGCUGGUGAGCUUCCUCACUUCAUGCCUGGCACAAUCUAAUACUUCUGCCACUUACACCAAUCCAAUCUUGCCUACUGGCGCUGAUCCGUGGAUGACUCGCUACGAUGGCUAUUACUACUUGACGUACACCACGGCCACGAACAUCACCAUCCUGCGAUCUCCCAGCUUGACUGAUUGGACGACUGCCGAUGUCAAGCUUGCUUUCGACCCGCCACCCGGCCAGAACUACUCUACUGAUCUUUGGGCACCCGAGUUGCACAACAUAGCAGGCAAAUGGUACAUCAUCUUCACCGCUGACCCAAACUACGACUCUCCACCCCCCUCGACAGACAUGCUCUGCACCUUCAGCUGUCCAGCAGUCAACCACCGAAUGUACGUCCUCGAAGGCUCUACUUCAGACCCCUGGACGAGCAACUACACCCUCAAAUCCCAACUCGACACAUACGACCAAUUCGCGAUCGACGGCACCUACUUCCAGCAUACUUCCGGCUUAUACCACGUCUACAGCUGCUGGUUCAGUGCCUACGAAAGCUGGCCAUCCAACCUCUGCAUCACCAAGAUGAGCGAUCCCUGGACUGUUGAGAGUAACGUCACGGAACGACAGAUCUUGUCCGUGCCGAGCAAUGAUUGGGAGAAGACGCCGUAUGGACGCAUGCAGAAUGUGCGGUUGAGCAGUAAUGAGGGUCCGGAGCAGUUGACGAAUCCGAAGACUGGACAGCAGUUCAUUAUCUAUAGUGCUGCUAGGAGUGAUAAUAGGAAUUAUUGUCUUGGUCAGCUGGAGCUUGUCGGGGAUGAUCCGAUGAAUAAUCAGGACUGGAGGAAGAAUAAUGAGGGGUGUGUGUUUUAUCAGAAUGCUUUGACUAGUGCUUAUGGUGUUGGACAUGCCAGCUUCACUACCUCUCCUGACAGCAGCGAGAACUGGAUCGUGUAUCAUGGCAUGGAGGAUCCGUAUACUGGUUGGUCCGCUCGCAAUAUCAGGGCGCAGAAGUUCACGUGGAAUGACGAUGGUACUCCUAACUUCCCACGGCCGGGAUAUGGUCCUUAUGCUGUGCCUAGCGGGCAGAACUCCAGUAUGGCGAUGUACGUAUAG